AUAACUUCAAGUUUAUUGUUUAUUGAAAAUGUACAUUAAAUUUUACUCAGUUAGUAAUUGUGUUAAAUGACGUAAUGAAUUGUCCUCAAAAUUGUUAUAACUCGCCUCCAAACCCAUAGAUUUAAGUAUUUUCAACCAAAGGCCAUGGUGAAUUUGUCACAGUUAAAAUAUGUUGAAGAAAACAUGAGUGCACAGACCUACACACAUGUGGCACAUACAAAAUGUUUAUCUUGAAUCUGUAAUCGUUUCAAAAGAAGUUUGAAUUAGUAUUAAUUAUUUAUUUGUCGGAUAAAAACAUUUAUUUCAUUUUCUGAUUAGAUGCGCUGUAUGCAAGCAUAUACUCGUAUAACAAAUCAUUGCUUACAAAAAAGCUGAUACCAUAUACCAAUGGCCUUCCCUAUGGGUGUCUUGGGGGUAUUCUAGGGGUGUCUUGGGGGUAUUCUAGGGGUGUCUUUGGGUAUUCUAGGGGUGUCUUGGGGGUAAUUGAUUACCACAAAUAUUGGCUUUCUCUUUUCAGUUUUCAGACCAAAAUUUCUAUUAUUAAAAAUGAACGCAGAAAAGGCAGACGACAGUCUAUUGUCAGAAGACAUCUGUUAUAACGAAGACGAGAAAUUUCAAGAAACUCGCAAUGAUGCUAGUAUUGACAGUACUCGUACAGCCGGCUAUUGUUGUUCACAGCGGUUGAUCCUGGCUUUCAUGGCAAUGUGGUUGAGUGUGAUGGCCUUCAUGCUGAACACAAAUAUGAAUUUUGCGAUUGUUUGCAUGGUGAAAUCAAAACAUGACAUCGGUAAUCACGGAAAUAGAACACUACAUAAUACGUACUUAAAAAUUGGAAGCGAAAAUGAAACAUUAGACAAUGAUUUAUACUUAAACAAUCAUAAUAUGUCAUUGAGUUACUCGAAAGAUGAUGAAAACUUAACAUUGCCACUGGAAACAGCAAGAUCGUGUGAUACAGUUUCAAGUUCAAAUUCAAUCAAACGUGAGCGGGCAGAAUUUUCCUGGGACAAGAAAACACAAUCAUUAAUUUUAUCGAGCUAUUACUAUGGAUAUAUGGUCAUGCAAAUCCCAGGUGGAUUGUUUGUGUCAAGAUUUGGCGGGAAACUUGUCGUCUGUAUCAGCAUGUUAACGGCGUCUAUUUUAACAAUUCUAAUGCCAGUGUUUGCAAGAAACAGUUACUAUGUUGUAAUUGCUGCAAGAUCUGUUCUCGGAUUAUGUAUAGGUACGGUAAAUUCAAGCAUUUAUGGGCUUGUUGGAACUUGGGCUUUACCGACGGAAAGAAGCCGAUUUCUUGGAAUAUGUUGGUUUGGGAACCACCUGGGUGCAGUUAUCGGUAUCUCGACUUCAGGACUUCUUUGUGUCUAUGGCUUUGAUAAUGGUUGGGCAUCAAUAUUUUAUAUACAAGGUACUUUGACGUUAAUAUUUGUUGGCUGCUGGUGGUUUCUGGCCUUUAGUUCGCCAAAUAAUCAUCCGAGAAUAUCGUCUGCGGAAAGAAAUCUGAUUUUAAAACACGUACCAGAAGACACACACACUGAUAGAAGGAAAAAGAAAACUGAUGUACCAUGGACAAGUAUUCUCAGCUACUUACCUGUUUAUAUGGUGUUUUUAUGUCAUGUGUGUGACACGUGGACGUUCUACCUACUUGUUACGUGCCUUCCAUUGUUUCUGAAAGAAAUUCUAAAGUUUGAUAUAGAAAGUAAUGGACUUUUCUCAUGCUUACCCUACCUUAGUUACAUGAUUGGAAUAGCGGUUGCUGGAGUAGGAGCAGAUCUUGCCCGCUCGUGGAAAAAUACUUCAAUAACUACAAUAAGAAAGGUCUUUCAAAUAACAAGUUUCGCUGGUGUGGCUAUAUUUAUUUUAAUCCCGGGACACUUGACAUGUGAAUAUAGAUAUGUGGUGAUCACGUGCUUCAGUUUAUGCACGUUUUUUGAAGCAAUCGGCAUUUCAGGCGGACACCUGCCAAAUAUAGUAGAUAUAGCGCCUAGGUAUUCGUCUCUUAUAUUCGCUGUAUCAAACACUAUUGCAACAAUUCCUGGUAUAAUCGCACCUAUUGCAGUUGGAGAGAUUACAAAAUCUGGUACUAGUGACGAAUGGAGGAUUGUAUUUUAUAUAGCCUCGGGUGUCGCCGUGUUUGCUGCUAUAAUGUACGGUAUAUUUGGAAACAGCGAACUGGCACCAUGGGCGAGAGGAGCAAAUGGUGAUCUUGAAAUGGAAGUCAAACUGUCAAAGGAAGGGCUAACCAAGUGUUAAGAUGUGGAAAUAUUAGACAAGAAAAAAAAACAUAUCAACCGCAGACCAUAUUUGUGUUAUAGCCGAGCUACAAGGCCGGAUUUUCAAUUUCUUUGUUUACUUUUUUUACAUUAAAAGAAAACAAAUGAGUCGCAGUGAUAAAACACUUUUUUAAAUGAUUGUCUCUUUUCUUGGUUUAUUAGUAUUGAUCGUGUAUGAGUGUGUGUGUGUGUGUGUGUGUUGGUGCGUGCGUGCGUGCGUGCGUGUGUGUGAGUGUGUGCGUGCGUGCGUGUGUGUACCGUUUAGUAUAUUGUGUUCAGAAAUCAGAAUGAUAUAUGGUUUAAUAAAUAAAUGUAUGUGUAAGAUGUGAAGUUUUAUUUUAUACUUAUAAGUGAAAUAUUGAUAAAUGUUAAUGAAAUAAAAUGCGUAUUU